AUGUCUUCCAGGGCCAGCAAUGAGCCCGAACGGGUCUCCUUCUCUCAAUCCAGACAUGCCUCCAUGGCCCAAGGAAUCUCAAAUAUGGCCUCAAGAUCAAUCCAGGAUGAUGACUUGUCGAGCCAAGACAACUCGUCUUUGUGCUCAAUCCCCACAACCCAUGGAAAUCCCCAGGAAAUGAAAGAAUGGAAUAUGAAUACUACAGAAUCACUUGAUCAGGCCAUGUCUUCCAAGGAAUCUCCCCAGGUGCAAAUGCUUUCUUUCUCGCUGUCUCAGCAGCUGAUGACUCCCACCGUCGGACCAAAUGAUGUGAUGUACACAGGAGUGGACUUCCCAGCAGUCCAAGACUUGCAUGAUCAGCGAGACUUUUACUCCUUUGUGGACCUCUCGUCCAUGGAUAAUGACGUCUGUGGGCAGGCGAGCUCUCCAGAUGAUGCUCUUUCUGUCGCGCACAGUUCUCACACCGAUGAUGGCCAAUUGAUUGUUUCGCACGAGCCAUGGAAUGCUAUGAUGCCUGAUGGCCAUUACCCCGGAACCACCCUGGACCAACUCUCAUCAAGCCUUUUCCAGACCGUUCCAAUCUCGCCUCCUUUGACGGAAGCCAGCAACGACAUCUCUGUUACUUCCUCUUGCUCCCACUCGGGAUUUCCUUCAUAUCUGGCCGCCGAUGACACAUUCCUCGGGGAUUUCACCAACUCACCAAUGGGCAGUCACGGGAUAAACCCAGCGGAUCCUUUGUUCCCCAACGCUCCUUUGAGUGAUAAGGACACGAACAGGACCAUCAGGCCUUCGAAGCAGUCCCGUCGAGGAGCUCUGUCAGCCUCUUCCCAGCCCCAGGUCAAGGCCGAAUCGGAGUUCUUCCCGCCACUUCCUGUGAGAGAGCCAUCUCGACAGAAGUCCAAGGACGGUGCCGAGUCUCGUAACCCGCGAGAGCACCAUUACUACUCCAUGCCCACCCAGAGUGAUGGAAAGUACUACUGCCCAUUUGCCAUUGGAGAUAAUGCCUGCAACCACCAGCCCACCACGCAAAAAUGCGCUUACCACAAAUACCUGGAUUCCCACCUGAAGCCCUACCGCUGCAAGGCCCCCGCCUGUCUGGAAGCCCACCUGCGUUUCUCCUCCAACGCAUGCCUGUUCCGCCAUGAGCGCGAGGCCCACGGACUCCAUGGCCACGGAGACAACCCCCACCUGUGCCUGUGGGAGGGAUGUGAUCGUUCCAUUCCUGGAUUCGGAUUUCCGCGUAGAUGGAAUUUGUACGACCACAUGCGGCGCGUGCAUGACUAUACCUCCUCCGAGCGACACAGCUCACCCGAGUCGUCGCCCAUCGCUACCCCAAUGAAGAAGAAGGAGGCUAGCCGCAAGAGGAAGGUCACCGGUCCCACGCUGGCGCCGACCAUGAAGCGCACCCGCUCCGUACACUCCCAAGCCGGUUCUGCCAAGGCUUCCCAGAGCAGCGCACAGCACGGUCAGCGGCUGCAGAACGCGGAGCGCAACUAUCACAAGUGCCGUGAGCGACUCGUCGAUGAGCUCCGCAAAAUCUCUCCGCAGGACACCUCCAUGCACGAGAAGGUCAAUGCUAGCCUUCAGGAACUGUUCACCCUGGGCCUGAACUACCGCCACAUCGAAGCCAGCCAGGCUGUUUCCCAUAUGCCAAAUGGAAUGCCCGCAUGA